CACACACACACACACACACACACACACACACACACACUGGAGCUGGUCACUGCUGUAAGGGAAGGCAACGAGGCAGGGGUGAGGUCAGCACUUGACAGGGGUGCCCGGCCCGAGGUCACCGUCCCCACUAUUGCUGGGGUGUCAUGGAGUCUGCUGACUGAGGCUGCCAGCAAGGGCCACGAGCACCUGCUGUCUCACUUACUGCAGGCAGGGUUAAGCAUAGAAGGUGGAGGCAAAACUGAAGAGAGACCGCUGAUGAUGGCUGCCAUCCGUGGCCACGCCCAUACAGUGAAGGCGCUGCUGGACCUCCGUGGUAACCCUCUGGCCAUGGAUAGUAGAGGAUGGACAGCCCUACUCUUUGCUGCAUGGGAGGGCCACCAGCAGUGUGUGGCGGCCCUGUUGCCAGUCACCCCUCCCACUCCUGCACACCUCGAGGCAUACACCCCGGUGCACGUCGCUAGUUAUGGUGGCCACGUGGAGGUACUGGAGCAGCUGGCAGGUGCUGGCUGGCCCCUCACCGCCAGGAACAGUGAUGGCAACACACCCAUGCACUUUGCUGCGGCCGGGGGUAGGGUGACAUGUGUGCAGUGGCUGUUGCAGCGAGGCGGUGACACAAGCAUGCAAAAUAAUGCUGGACUCACCCCGCUUGACCAGGAGCUGGUCACUGCUGUAAGGGAAGGAGACGAGGCAGGGGUGAUGUCAGCACUUGACAGGGGUGCCCGGCCCGAGGUCACCGUCCCCACUAUUGCUGGGGUGUCAUGGAGUCUGCUGACUGAGGCUGCCAGCAAGGGCCACGAGCACCUGCUGUCUCACUUACUGCAGGCAGGGUUAAGCAUAGAAGGUGGAGGCACCACUGAAGAGAGACCGCUGAUGAUGGCUGCCAUCCGUGGCCACGCCCAUACAGUGAAGGCGCUGCUGGACCUCCGUGGUAACCCUCUGGCCAUGGAUAGUAGAGGAUGGACAGCCCUACACUUUGCUGGAUGGCAUCGCCACCAGCAGUGUGUGGCGGCCCUCUUGCCCGUCACCCCUCCCACUCCCGCACACCUCAAGGCACACACCCCGGUGCACCUCGUCAGUUAUCGUGGCCAUGUGGAGGUACUGGAGCAGCUGGCAGGUGCUGGCUGGCCCCUCACCGCCAAGAACAGUGAUGGCGACACACCCAUGCACCUUGCUGCGGGGGGGGGGAUGUGCAGCAAUUGUGCAGUGGCUGGUGCAGAGAGGUUGUGACCCACACGUGCAAUCGAAGGCUGGACACACUCCGCUGGAGUUAGCCGUGCAGCAUGGCCGCCACAAGGUGGAGUCCUGGCUGGUUAAAAAUUGCAGUGGUGUUGUGAGGAGGAAGACUCUGCGUGUUCAGCAAGUGAGGGCGUGGCGGGGCAUGCAUGAACACCACCACAACACAGUCUUGUCCAUGCUGGUGGAGGGCAACAAGGCAGCCAUGGCCUUCAUCCCCGAGGUUUAUGAUGGUCACACGCUGAGCCAGGAUGGCCUGACGCCUCUCCACGCCGCGGCGCUGUGCGGGGCUCCCAGUGAUGCUGUGGAGGCUUUGCUGCGACGCGGCGUGAGCCCUCAUGUGACCACCCCUGGCAACAUGACCCCCGCUGACCUGGCACGGCAGCAAGGCCAAGACUCAGUGAUUAAGGGACUACAGCGCCACCACUGUGUACAGAGCUACAAGCUUCCUGAAGAACUGCAUGAGGAGCUGCUCUCAACAGUCAGUCGCCAGGACGACGUGCAGGCGGUGUCCACCCUCAUAUGUACAGGCGCACCCAUAGAGCUCCUGGGUGGCCUUUCUGUCCUCAGACUGGCUGUCACCACCGACCGCAUUAACACCGUCAGCCUCCUGCUGGCUAGCGGUGCAUCGCUGCCUGCCAGCCUGCUGCAGGAGGCUUGGCAGAGCCCCGACGUGACUCACAGGGUGCUGGCCUUCCUCACCACCGCCUACUGCUGCCGGCUGCAUGCAGAGCAGCGUCGCCUGGAAAAGGUCAGCAGCGCCCUUGUCGAGGGCAUCGACAAUCUAGUGACAACCAUCGAGGGAAAUACUCCCUGGCAGGCAGCCUGGCGAUGGGGAAAGGAGACUGACCGGCCAGCACUGAGCGACCUCCUGGCAAAGGCAGCGGCUGCCAACUGCCCCGUGACUGCCGCCUUCCUGCAUAGGGCAGGAGGGUGGACAGUCUUUAAUGGAGCCUCUGGUGGCACUGCCCUCCACGCUGCCCUGGAGGCUGGCCACAAAGGCAUGGCCGAGCUGCUGAUCAGGGACCUUGGGGGCUGCCCGUACGUGCCGGACACACAUGGUCGCCUUGCGGUGCACAUGAUGCCUCACGAGGAGCAACAGAGGCUGGAGCAGAAGCUCUUUAUGAUGGAGCGUGAAAAACUGAAGGAUAUGGAGAUUCGCUUGAAGGCAGAUCACGAGAAGACCGCAGCACGGACAGCGCUGUGUAUACAGGAGGAUCUCUUUGAGAGCCACAAGAAGGGCGAGGGUAAGAAUGUCUCCUUACCUGAUGGCCACGCUGCCCUGCUGCUGGCCUCGCGCAAAGGUCUCCUGCAGCUGACUCAUCUUAUACUGCAAGAGGGUCACUUCCCCGUGGACGAGGUGCUGGACCACACCUGCGGCACCACCGCCCUCCACCAGGCGGCCUCGCACGGCCAGGACGGCUGCGUGGCGGUGCUGCUGAGCGCUGGCGCCAACCCACAGCAGUGUGACACGUAUGGCCAGACACUUGGCCGCCAUGUUUGGCCAUAAAAGUACUUUCGAACUCCUGGCACACCAAGUGACGCAGGACCCUCCUUGCCGCGCGGGCACCACGGGCACACAGGUGAGAGAAAAUUUUAAAGUGUUUCACAAUAUGUAUUAUAAAUAUAAGCAUAAUCUAUUA